AUGGCCGAUGAAUUUCCCUCUGCCAAAGUGAUAGCCACCCACAUAACCCCAAGCCAACCGAACUUCGUCCCCCCAAACGUCGAAUUCCAAAUCGACGAUGCAACAAUGGACCGGACAUUCGAACCUGAAUCCUUUGACUUUAUCCACAUCCGUUAUCUGCAAGGUACCGUCGAUGAUUGGGAUAAGCUCUACAGUCGAGUAUACAAGUUUCUUAAGCCAGGUGGUUGGUUUGAUCAUAUAGAGCCUGAUUUGCAGAUGUAUUCCCAAAAUCCCGACGUAAAGGUCGACGACGAACACAUCUACACCCGUCGGGCAAAGAUCUUUGAAUCCGUCGGCGAAAAGAUAAACCGAACUUUCAACUUCUCGAAUGGCAAACUCCAAACCCUCGCCGAAACAGCAAACUUUACCAACAUAACCUCCCAAACACACAAGGUUCCCGUAGGUCACUGGCCCAAGGACAAGAGGAAGAAGGAGAUUGGUACUUUUGUAAGAUUGUCGUUUAGUCAGGCGCUGGAUAGGUUCGUCAAGUUGCCGCUUUGUGAGAUUUGGAAGUGGAGUCCUGAGGAGAUGCAGGUUUUUGCGGCGGAGAUGAGGAGGAAGAUCAUGAAUCUUAGGAAGCAGACUGUUGGACAUGUUUUUAGUGUUUAUGGACAGAAGCUUGAGGGUCCAAAGUAG